AUGUCGCUAGUGAUGUGCGAGUUAUCGAAUCGUGCGAUCGAUCCGUCCUGUCCGCGGGUCCGUGUUGCGAAUUCAAAAGUGAGUGACGUCCGUUCUUGUGUUAUUUUCUUCCCGAUAAAACAUUACAAGAUGCUGUGCCACAAGCUGUGGCUCCUUCUAGCAACCGUCGCGCUCACCAGCUGCGACGUGUCCCACAUUCUAGAAGAACCCACAACAGAGCCGCCGCCACCGAAACCCUACGCCUUCUCCUACACAGCUGGUAGAUUCCCUGGCCAUGCGGACCGACAGCACUCCGAAGUCAGUGAUGGCAGUGGUGUGGUUAAAGGCUCUUUCUCGUACGUGGAUCCACGCCAAAAGCUCCGUACGGUUGAGUACGUCGCGGACCGGGAAGGUUUCCAUCCGGUGCUGAGUGACGUGCCACCGGAGCACCCGGCAGACUCCGAGUCUGUAGCCCAGGCUAAGGACAGACACUUCCAGCUCUACGCGAGGAUAGCCGAGGAGCACGCUCACCCUGAAAACGUGGUACCGCCGGUGCCGCGGCAAACGGAGGCGGUCGCGGCGGCGGCGGCGAAGCACGCCCAGCUGUUCCGGGUGAUCGCCGAGCAGCACGCGCGCAUCGCCGCAGAGAGGGAAGCGCUGCAGCAGGAGGAGGAGACGCAGCGGCAGCAUUUGCAGCAACUGCAGCAGCUGCAGGAACUCGAACAU